UUUAUUUUCCUCUUGUGUUAAUUUUAUUAAUAUUAUUAUCAGUUUUAUGUUACUGUCGUGAAGCGCAGGUUGCCCUCAUCCCCUUAUUUUUAUAAUAUUAAUCCCAAAAAUAUUUUCAUAUUCCAAAAGAAAUUUUCAAAACGUUCGUACCGUCCGCACUUGCAAUUGUCCUUCCUCACCUAUUCCUCCACCAGAUGCACCUGCGCCAAUGCGCGAUGAUAAGAAAAUGACUACUCCAAACCCCAAACUACCCUCGUCGGUCCCUCUUUUUUACGCCCCCUCCAGACGGUCCUUUCCCGUACGGAACAGUUACGGCCGUCCGAAAAGACAUAAAUAUCCCCGUUUCGUGCUCAUAUUUCCUGUUCUUCGAGGGCGAUCUCGUCUUUAUGGGAAAGAUCGGACGUAUCAAGCCAGCCUUCGAUUAGAGAAUACGAAAGGGUAUCGCCGUAAUUUGGAGAUUCCUCUUCUUCACUCCAUCCGCUACCACCCAGCUCAGGCCAGUGUCUUGUUUUAACGGUUAUUUCAGGGCCUCAAACAUCUCCGACUUUGGAAUUCCCAUUACAGAUCUCAACCUGUGUUCUCCUUUCUCCCAUAAUCACAACGCUAAAUCUUUCUCAGAACAAUGAAGAAGCAAAAAUCCGCAGAAGCACUCAACCCCUUCGAUCUGCUCACAGAGGAAAUCGUCUUCGCAAUACUCGAUUUCCUCUGCGAAAACCCUUUCGACAAGAAAUCCUUCUCUCUCGUUUGCAAGUCUUUCUACACCAUCGAAGGCCACCACCGUAAAACCCUUAAACCCCUCCGGUCGGAGCACCUCGCCACAGUCCUUACUCGGUACCCGAACGUGACCCAUCUAGAUCUGUCUCUCUGCCCUCGAAUCACCGACGCCUCUCUCGCCGCCAUCUCUGCCAUCGGUGGGCCGACGCUUCGGUCCAUCGACCUCUCGAGAUCUAAGUUCUUUUCGCAUGCGGGUCUCUCCAAUUUGACUCUGAAUUGUAUCAAUUUGGUGGAGAUUGAUGUCUCGAACGCUACCGAGCUGGGGGAUUCGGCGGCAGCGGCGAUAGCGGAGGCAAAGAACUUGGAGCGGUUGUGGAUGGGGAGGUGUAAGAUGAUUACUGACAUGGGGAUUGGGUGUAUAGCAGUGGGUUGCAGGAAGCUGAAGGUGGUAAGCUUGAAAUGGUGUUUGGGCGUUGGCGAUUUCGGUGUGGGCUUAAUAGCUGUCAAAUGUAAAGAUAUCCGAAGGCUAGACCUGUCUUACUUGCCGAUCACAAACAAAUGUUUGCCGCCUAUCUGGAAAUUACAGUAUCUAGAAGACUUGGUUCUAGUAGGAUGCUUUGGUAUAGAUGAUGACAGCCUUGCAGUCCUCAAGCAAGAGUGCAAGUCGCUGAAGACACUUGAUAUGUCAAGUUGCCAAAAUGUUAGUCAUGUGGGGUUGUCUUCUCUAACAAGCAGUACUGAAUGUCUGCAACAACUUAACUUGGCAUAUGGUUGUCCGGUCACUCUUGCUUUUGCAGAUAGUUUGCAAAAGCUUUCCAUGUUGCAAUCAAUCAAGUUAGAUGGUUGCCCUGUUACAUGUUCAGGAUUGAAGGCCAUUGGAGACUGGUGUAUAUCAUUGAGGGAGCUGAGCUUAAGUAAAUGUGUAGGUGUGAUGGAUGAAGGUCUCUCUUCCCUUGUGACAAAGCACAAGGAAUUAAGAAAGCUAGAUAUCACGUGUUGUCGCAAGAUAACUCAUGUUUCUAUUGCUCACAUUACAAAUUCAUGCACCUCUCUUACUUCCCUGAAGAUGGAGUCAUGUACCCUAGUUCCCAGAGAAGCUUUUGUCUUGAUUGGGCAGCGGUGCCAUCUUCUUGAGGUUCUUGACCUCACAGACAAUGAAGUGGACGAUGAAGGUCUGAAGUCCAUCUCAAGAUGUCACAGACUCACCAGCUUAAAACUGGGAAUUUGCUUAAACAUAACUGAUGAGGGGCUUGCCCAAGUGGGCAUGUGCUGCUUGAAACUUAUAGAGCUUGAUUUGUACAGGUCUGCAGGAAUAACAGAUUUAGGCAUUUCAGCAAUUGCACGUGGCUGUACUGGCCUUGAGAUGAUCAAUUUAGCCUACUGCAAAGAUAUUACCGAUAGAUCCUUAAUAUCAUUAUCAAAAUGCUCGAGGUUAAACACAGUUGAAUGCAGGGGAUGUCUACCAAUCACUUCAUUAGGUUUAGCAGCAAUUGCUGUGGGGUGUAAGCAGCUUUCCAAGCUAGACAUGAAGAAGUGCUAUAGUGUCAAUGACGCCGGAAUGAUCCCACUUGCUCACUUCUCUCAAAACCUUAGACAGAUAAACUUGUCAUAUAGCUCGGUCACAAACGUGGGACUUUUGUCCCUUGCGAGCAUCAGUUGCUUACAGAGCAUGACUAUCUUGCACCUGAAGGGCUUGACUCCAGGUGGACUGGCCGCUGCCUUGCUCGCAUGCGGUGGCCUAACAAAAGUGAAGCUGCAGUCAUCCUUCAAAUCAUUGCUGCCCCAACAACUCUUCAAGCACUUAGAAGCCCGUGGCUGUGCUUUUCAAUGGAGAGAGAAGGUGUUUCAGGUACACACUUUUUUAUUUGAUUUUAUCAAUAAUCGUUCUGCAUUCAUGUGCAUGUUUUGUCCUGCUGUUUAGAAGUCCUAGUGUUGGCCCUAAACAGCUAUUUUUUAUUUGAAUAUUAGGCUUAAACAACUGGAAAGUUUUCGAGUCAUGUAAACCAUUUCUAUAUGCUAAAGUUUGUUGCACUCUGUUUGAAUAGCGGAAAUUUAGAUGUCCUCAAUUAUUGAGUUUCCUGUACAGGCCGAACCAGAUCCCAAGUUUUGGAAACUGCGGGUGGAAGACUUGCAGUAAAGAUCUUGAGAACUGUUUGAAGUAGGGCAUGGGAGGAGCCAAUGCCCACAUUGUAUAGAGAUUUGUGGGGUUUCUUAUUUGUCUUAAUUGUGAUGUGGGUUUUUAAUUAGACUCUGUUUAGCUCUUCAAAAAAAGAAAAGCAGUAUUUUGUGCAUGUUUACGAUGGAUACGCGCAUGGAAGCCGUUUGGGCUGGGCGGGUUAGCCGGUGUCUAUGAUGUAAUAGCAAUUUGUGGGUUUGCAAAGGCUUAAACUUGGUGUAAUUUAAUUGAUAAAUUUGAGUGACUUUUGGCAAGCUCUUCAAAACAA